AGAAAAGGCAAAGCGCUCUCCCAACCAAGAACAAUUUGAAAACCCACCCUACAAUAUUUAAAAGCUGGGACAAAGAAGCGUCAGGACGGAGCUGCUUCAGCCGCAAACGUCAGCGGAGCCUCCGGAGGGGUCCGCCGCCCGAGUCAGGAGCAGCCCCUUUAAAAAAAGCGGAGUACAGUAUUGGGAUUCUUGAAACCUGAAACCUAGAAACAGAAUCGAAGCGGAAACCAGAAGGAAAACCUUGAACUCCUCCAGACAAUUGCUUCCGGGGAGUUCCAGGAGCGCGAGGGGGAAUAAAGGGCCCGGAGCAGGGCCCCUCGGAUGGCGCGUCCCUGAGGGUCCUGGCGAGUUCGAGGCGCGUGGGAAGCAGAGGACCCUACCCUCUCCCUGGGCUGCAGGUCAUGGCCACCGUGGAGCAGAAAGCCCUCGGCAUUGGCUUCAAGUGUCUCUCCUUGGCCACUUUUGUGCUCAUCUGCGCCGGGCAAGGGGGACGCAGGGAGGAAGGGGGUCCAGCCUGCUACGGGGGAUUUGACCUGUACUUCAUUUUGGACAAAUCAGGAAGUGUGCUGCACCACUGGAAUGAAAUCUAUUACUUUGUGGAACAGUUGGCUCAUAAAUUCAUCAGCCCACAGCUAAGAAUGUCCUUUAUUGUCUUCUCUACUCGAGGAACAACCCUAAUGAAGCUAACAGAAGACAGAGAACAGAUCCGUCAGGGCCUAGAAGAACUCCAGAAGGUCCUGCCGGGAGGAGACACUUACAUGCAUGAAGGAUUUGAAAGGGCCAGCGAGCAGAUUUAUUAUGAAAACAGCCAAGGAUACAGGACGGCCAGCGUCAUCAUUGCUUUGACCGAUGGGGAACUCCAUGAAGAUCUCUUUUUCUAUUCAGAGAGGGAGGCUAACAGAUCCCGAGAUCUCGGUGCCAUUGUUUACUGUGUCGGUGUGAAGGAUUUCAAUGAAACGCAGCUGGCCCGGAUUGCGGACAGCAAGGACCACGUGUUUCCUGUGAAUGACGGCUUUCAGGCUCUGCAAGGCAUCAUCCACUCAAUUUUGAAGAAGUCCUGCAUCGAAAUUUUAGCAGCUGAACCAUCCACCAUAUGUGCAGGAGAAUCAUUUCAAGUCGUCGUAAGAGGAAACGGCUUCCGACAUGCCCGGAAUGUGGACAGGGUCCUGUGCAGCUUCAAGAUCAACGAGUCAGUCACACUCAAUGAGAAGCCCUUCACUGUGGAAGACACUUACUUGCUGUGUCCAGCACCUAUCUUAAAAGAAGUUGGCAUGAAAGCCGCGCUUCAGGUCAGCAUGAACGACGGCCUCUCUUUCAUCUCCAGUUCUGUCAUCAUCACCACCACACGCUGUUCCGAUGGCUCCAUCCUGGCAAUCGCCCUGCUGAUCCUGUUCCUGCUGCUGGCCCUGGCUCUCCUCUGGUGGUUCUGGCCGCUCUGCUGCACCGUGAUUAUCAAGGAGGUCCCUCCACCCCCAGCUGAGGAGAGUGAGGAAGAAGAUGAUGACGGUCUGCCCAAGAAAAAGUGGCCUACCGUAGAUGCCUCUUACUAUGGUGGGCGGGGCGUUGGAGGCAUUAAAAGGAUGGAGGUUCGUUGGGGAGAAAAGGGUUCCACAGAAGAAGGUGCUAAGUUGGAAAAGGCAAAGAAUGCCAGAGUCAAGAUGCCGGAGCAGGAAUACGAAUUCCCCGAGCCUCGGAAUCUCAACAACAACAUGCGGCGGCCCUCUUCCCCCCGGAAGUGGUACUCCCCGAUCAAGGGAAAACUGGAUGCCUUGUGGGUCCUACUAAGGAAAGGAUAUGAUCGUGUGUCUGUGAUGCGUCCACAGCCAGGAGACACGGGCCGCUGUAUCAACUUCACCAGAGUCAAGAACAAUCAGCCCGCUAAGUACCCCCUCAACAACGCCUACCACACCAGCUCACCCCACCCCCCAGUGCUCCCCCCUCCAAUUCCAUCCCCACCUUCCACCCUGCCCCCUCCUCCUCAGGCUCCACCUCCCAACAGGGCGCCACCCCCCUCCCGACCUCCUCCUAGGCCUUCUGUCUAGAACCCAAAGUUCAUUCUCUGGGCUCUUAGAAACUUUGGGGAGGAGGCUCCUCUGUGGUGUUAGAAUAAGUCUUUCCAGUUAGGAGAGGCUUCUGCUUUGGAAAUGAGUGGUGAUAAAGCCCACUGACCUUCACACACCUUAAAAAUUGGUUUGUAAUGCCAAUACACCAGCAAUUGUGAUCAGCAGAAAGAAACAGAAAUUUUGAAAUGCCUGAAAACAAAUGAUGAGGCACCUACAGUCACAAUUAUAGCCAGCCAGCCAUCACCUCUAGAAGGUUCCAGAGACAGUGAAACUGCUGAGAUGCUCUUAAACGGGAUUGUGUCUCAUGGAGACCAAUAAGAAAAUCAUUUCUCUGAGGGUGAAACGCAGAGUCGGAUGGAUGAGAAAUAACAUUGCUGGGUUUCUAAAUGCUGCCUUCCCUCCUCCACUCCACCUCGAUCACUUGACCCUGGACCCUUGGCCUAGGAACCAAGGAAUCCUCACCCAAGAAGGUGAAAACCCUUGGCCUACAACUUUGGGAAAAGCUUGGGGUCCCCAUUGUGGCAAGAAACUCAACAUCAGACAGGUAUCCAAAAGCAUGUUCGCCUGGGAUUUGCAAAGGAGUAAAAACAUAUGCCUUAUUUUCCUUUCAAAUUCUCCCAGUUUCCAAGUGAGGAAGAGAGCAGGUGUUUAAAGAUGGAAAGAGGUAUGUUGCCACGUUGCUGUGUAAGUGAAAUCAGGUGUGCGCAUUGACUGGCGAUACUGAUGAGAGCAUUAGACAGUUUCUAAAACCCACAGGCCACCAGCAGCUAGAGGUGGUUGGCUUUGGCCCGACAUGGUCCACUAAUCAACAGACAAUGGCAUUGUUGAAGAGCAACCUGUUAAUGAUUCAUGUUAAAUAUCAAGAUUAGGCUUCAGUUUAAAUCACUUAAGGUAUGAAGAAGUGACUGAUCCCAUUUUUCAGAGACAAAUGUUGAGUUGAUCUUCCCAAAAUGGCAUCACUAGCACCUACCAUACAAUCUCACUGGGAUUUUUUUUUUCCCUUUCUUUCUUGGUAAAGUUGUAUACCGGAGAUUUCUAGGUAGAGUUGAGAGACAAUGGUCCUAACAUAGUAGGGAAACCAUCUCCAGGUUCUUUAAUUAACCACAAAAAAAGCCAUGUAUGUGUAGAUGCAAAUGUAUUUCUCCUUGGCUUUUCAACGUACUCAUAAACAUAAGCUGUCAACCCAGGAGGAAUAUACUAGAUGUUCUGCCUGAAAUUCCCACGAGGCCUGGGAUCCACCCUAUUCCUCCAAGUCUUUCUGAAUCUGUUGUUAUCAGUAAGCCCUGUAACCACUUUCUAAACAUUGGGCUUCAUCAUCCAGGGUGAAAACAGAGGUCCCUCCUUCACCACCCCAUUCAAAAUUAUCUCCUCCAUAGGUCUUAAAAUUCCUCUCCCAAACCGCUCAAAGUCUUAAAUCUUAUCUGGAACAAAGCAGAAUAUCAAAUAAAUAUAAACUUAGAGCUUUGGGUUAUGGCCUCCAAAGAUCCUUCAGGAACCCAUCAAGCCAGCCUGAUUCUUGCACCUUACUCAGAACACAGACAUAAGGACCCGGCAUGCACUCCGUCAACACCAGUUCUUGUAGCCAUGACAGACAUUGCUCAUCAAUCACAGCACUAUCCAUGGAGCCCAGCAAUUUCUUCACAAUCCUCACAUCACAACUUCAAAGAGCCACCAUUCAUCAGUCAGGAUUUGAGAGAAAGAUGAGCCCUGUUUUCCAUCCCCACUUUAGAAAGCAGAAACAAACAAACAAAAACUAGAAAGCAGAAACACACAGGAAUUGCAUGGAGGAAUGGGGAAUCCUUGGGCAUAAAAGGUACAGUCGGGGAACAUAGAUCUCGGCAGAGUGCCUUAGUGGGGGGACCACAGGCACUAAAUCUGGAGUGCCGAUGCCAAACUGACACGUCUCUAAGUGUACCUCAGACCCAGCCCUUCUCCCAGCCUGCCACUACCAAACGCCCAGCCUUCUCAUAGAGCUAAAAUCAGAGAUGGUUUCCAGGACUUAUAAAAGCAACCUCCCUUUGCCACCUCCUCAACCUGGCCUGUAUUGUCUGUUCUUACAACACGAGGCUUCUUCUUUAGUAUAGUCCCUCAUGAGGCAGGGGCCACAAUGUCUCAGCCACCUGCAGUGACAUUGCUGGACUCCAGCAAACCAUUCCAUAGGAGAAUGGGUUCCCCAGGCUCACAGCAUAGAGAUGUUGAGCCCAUGGCAACUGUUUUGACUGCGGGCAGUACAGAACAGUCCACCCCACACCACUGCCGCCUGACUCACUGCGGCCAUAAGAAAGUUCAAGCCAAGACACAGACGUUGUACAAGAUGGCGGGCAUCGAGUGAGAAUGCAACAUUCAGGAUCUCAACAGCACAUCAAUCAGAAGCCCUGUGCAGCUUCCACGAUGUCUUGGUGAACUUUCUGAUGAAUAGGGAACUGCAAAUAUAUGCUGAUUUAGAAGGGAUUAGCAGGGUUUGUCCUUAAAACUGACUCAUCAUGUCAUCCCUAGUCAUUUAGAAUUACAGUUGAGAAGGUGAAACUUCUAGACUAUAUGAAUAAGGCAAUAGUAGGCUAGCAUGGACAAAAUUCUUUAACUGGUUUAUAAAAUAUAUCAGUAUUUGUAUCAUUCCCUGUAAAAGGCAGCAUACGAUUGUGAUCAGGAAACUGCACAAAAUUAUUUUUUCAGCCCCCAUGUUAUUGUCCUUGUGAAGUUUUUUUUUUUAAUAAAAGCCAACUUUUUGUUGUAUAUAUUCGUAUUCCAUGUGUUAGAUGGAAGCAUUUCCUAUCCAGUGUGAAUAAAAAGAACGGUUGUAGUAAAUUAUUAUAAAGCCAAUGAUAUUUCAUGGCAGGUUAUUCUACCAAGCUGUGCUUGUUGGUUUUUCCCAUGACUAUAUUGCUUUUCUAAAUGUACAAAUAGUUACCAAAAUGACGAGACCUCUGUUUGCACAGCAUUAAUAAGAACCUUGAGUUCCGUGGUCCUCUCCUUUGAAGACCAGCUCACAAAUGGUUUCUGGCCUGGAGCUUUGCACAUACUCCAGCAAGACUGUAAAAAAUUCUCUCUUUGACCAAGAUCAAGAACAGAGCAGGUGGGCAAAUUAAUUAAUAUACUUGGAUAUCUGGCCAUGGGUAACUUCAUUGUAAAUAACACUAAAAUGGGCCGAGAUGAUUUUGAUGUCUCAUAAACACUAGCAUCCAAACACUGUCAGAUGAGAAAAAUCCACCAAAGAACCAGAAAAAAUAAUAAUAAUUAUGAGAUAGUGAGCAAGUUUCAGCCCAAUGCCAAUCAAUAAAAACAAUUAAUGCUGUGUAAAAUGGGUUGAAUUAGCUUGCGAACUAUAUAAAGAUAUAUGCAGUAAAAAGCCUGUGAAUGCACACCAGAUGGGAACGGGGUAUUCUAGUCAGUUGCCUUCUCUAGUUAUCUGAGCUCUACUAUAUUAUCGUACUUGGAUAACCAAUUUAAAAGAAUUAGAAUAUGAUUUUUUUAAAUACACUUAACAUUAAACUCUUCUUCUAGUCCUUUCUUCUUUCUGCGAUAAUUCAGAAGACAGUAUGGAUCUUCAGUGCGUCAUUGCUCUAAAAAAUCAGUUAUCACUGUACCAUGCUAUAGGAGACUGGGCUAACCCUGCACAAUGACAAACUCUGGAAGUUGCUUUUUAAAAAAAAUAAUAAUAAAUUCCUAAAAUCA